CACGCCCCGCCGGCCCCGGCUCCGGGUCCCGACGGGACUACCCCCGGGCUGCCGUUCCAGGCGGCGCCGGCCACCCCGCUGGCUGCGGGCCGGGAGCCGCCCGAGGGCGUCGCGAGCCAGGAGGAGCAGAGUCCCGAGGCGCCGGACUCCCCCAGCCCCAUCUCCAGCUUCUUCAGCGGGUCCGGGAGCAAGCAGCUGCCGCAGGCCAUCAUCAUCGGCGUGAAGAAGGGCGGCACGCGGGCGCUGCUCGAGUUCCUGCGCGUGCACCCCGACGUGCGCGCCGUGGGCGCCGAGCCCCACUUCUUCGACCGCAGCUACGACAGGGGCCUCGCCUGGUACCGGGACCUGAUGCCGCGGACCCUGGACGGGCAGAUCACCAUGGAGAAGACGCCCAGCUACUUUGUGACGCGCGAGGCGCCCGCGCGCAUCUCGGCCAUGUCCAAGGACACCAAGCUGAUCGUGGUGGUGCGGGACCCGGUGACCCGGGCCAUCUCGGACUACACGCAGACGCUGUCCAAGCGGCCCGACAUCCCCACCUUCGAGAGCCUGACGUUCAAAAACCGCACGGCGGGCCUCAUCGACACGUCGUGGAGCGCCAUCCAGAUCGGCAUCUACGCCAAGCACCUGGAGCACUGGCUGCGCCACUUCCCCAUCGGCCAGAUGCUCUUCGUGAGCGGUGAGCGGCUCAUCAGCGACCCGGCCGGCGAGCUGGGCCGCGUGCAGGACUUCCUGGGCCUCAAGAGGAUCAUCACCGACAAGCACUUCUACUUCAACAAGACGAAGGGCUUCCCCUGCCUCAAAAAGGCCGAGGGCAGCGGCAAGCCCCACUGCCUGGGCAAGACCAAGGGCAGGCCCCACCCGGAGAUCGACCGCGACGUGGUGCGCCGGCUGCGCGACUUCUACCGGCCGUUCAAUUUGAAGUUCUACCAGAUGACCGGCCAGGACUUCGGCUGGGACUGAGCGCACCCCCUCCCCCGCCCAGGGGCCGUGUGACUUUACCCCUUGGCUUCUGUUACUGAGAGAGAUUAUAUGUAUGUAAAAUGUACAGAAAUCUAUUUUAUAAUAAUUUAUUUUUAAUUCAUAUGCGAUUAAUUCACUAAGCUGCCUAGCCACACGCUCUUUAGAGAGUUUAGCUUCCGUAAUCCUUCACAUUCCAAAGUGUUUCAUCUUUUCUUUGCCUCAACAGUCGAUGGUGCUUCCGUGUUUCCCGCCGCCCCCCAAUUCUAUUUAAAAAGAAGAAAAGCACAACUUGAGAUUUUUGUUGUUACGGGUAUGCAGCCUUCGAUCGCUGUGUGAAUUCACUUGCCAUCUCCUCGUGUCCUGGGGUCUCCUGGUCCGGCUCCUGUCUCUCUCCCUGCCUGCCAGUCUCACAGGAACAUGAGACCCCCCAGUCCCCCCAGAGGGUCCGGUCUCCUGUUAGUAGCUCCCUCGCCCCUGUGUUGACAUUUCUGAGGACGCAGACGCCUAACCACAGCGCUGAGGCUGUUCCCCAAGUCUGUUCAGCUCAGGGGGGAGACUCGCCUCCUUUCUGGGAAUCCUGAGUGCCAGGGUUCGUGGACUUGGGCGUAUGAUUUUGAAAGACGUCCCUGCGUCCUCUUCUGCCCAGGUCCCUGGUUCAUUAAGCAGCUUAAAGAGGAUGCAGAUGGUAGCCCCUCCUCCCCAGGCCCCGUGUGCAUGUGCACGAGCACGUGUGUGUGUGUGUGUGUGUGUGUGUGUGUGUGAGAGAGAGAGAGAGAGAGAGAGAGAGAUGCUUGGGUGCCCUUUUAGAAAUAAAGACAACCUCUGAUUUGCACGUGUGUACCGUGCUCCAUUCUCCAGGCCAGACGAUUCUGCUCUGACACACCAAAGAAGCCCCCUAGCCUAGCAGGGUCACCGGCACAAAUGGCACGGAUGCCGGGUGUCAAGACCCAAAGGGGUCAAGUGCAUUCCACCUCAUCAGAGUCUGCCGAGGUGCUGCUAGAUGCAGAGCCUGCCCUCGUUGGGCACGUCCCAGUAGACUGAGGACUUCCCCGGGGAGAAAGACAAACCCCCCACCGGAAGGACAGGCAGCCAGCAAAAGAAGUGAGUCCCUGGCCCCCUUGCUUGAUGUCUGGAACUUUCCUCCUCCUUGGAAUCCCUAGCUCAUCCCAGAUUGGCAACACAGCCUGUAGCCACAGCCAGACCGCAAGAUUGAAGAGGGUCUCUUGUAGUCAGGCUGGGAAUGCAGGCUGCAUGUUCCCCAGAGGCACUUACCCUUGAUCGAUGUGAAGACAUUCCCUUGUUUGAGCUAGGUGCUCGCCGAAGGUCACCAGUAUCCUUGCCGCCAAUGGCAGAAUGCACCCCAGUCCCUCUGUGCUGAAUGAGCAGUUGGGGGUUAUUUUUGAGGACUCUGCCUGUGGCAGCUGGGUGACCAUGAGCAAUGUCACGUAAUGACUCCAUGCCCUUUAUCCUCUUUUCCAAACCAGAAUUGCUUCUGCUGUCAAAGGAUUUUCAUCUGAGUUCUGGUCCCACCGCGCAUGCGUGGGAAGAUAACGCAGAUUGUCAGGUUGCAGCGUGGUGUCAGGUUGCGGCGUGGUAUUUACAACGAUAUUUACAAAGACACUUUCGUGUGUCGUUGGGGGGUGACUUGCCCAACAGAGUAAGGAAACUUGUAUGGAAAGAGAGAGACAGAUCAUUCCUCCUUAGAAACCGAUCAAGAUGUCACUGGUUGUUAGGUGACAUCUCGUUGAUAAUCUGGUUUGCGUGUGCCCACAAAUUUCAGCCCGAAGGCGGCUAGCUCGCGCUUAGCAGCAAAGAGAUCAUCGUGCGAGUUCUGUGUAGGAGGAUGGGCAGGGGGCUCCGUGCAAUCCUCAGAGGUUCUGUUCCUCUCAAAGCUCUGUUCCUGCCUCUUUCAAGAAGCAUAGUAGCUGCGUUUAGGGGGACGCCCCAGCCCUGGCGUGGUUCUCCCUUCUUGCUACUUGGGCAUCAAGAUGUGUGCAGAAAGGUACUAACUGGUCGUGCGCUUUUCCAGUCCAAAAGCUCAUUGGAAAUAAAACCAGCUAAUGCUUCUUUUCUGCUCCAACAGAGCAUCGUUUAAAGUAAAAGCCAGUAUCUACGACCUCCGCCCCACUCUCCCACCAUAUGGGUGCCCCGAACUGGCUCCUGGUGUAGAAUCACAGAAAGGUUCCGAGAAGGGCUUGCCACAAAGCAGUAAGAAAACACACAUGCAUUUUUCCUUCCUAUUUCAGGUCCCCGCCAUCUCUCCAAGCUGGACAAUUUUGAUGAAGUUGUUUAUUUCCUGCCUUAAAACUGAAACAGGAACUUUUCAGAUAGAAAGGAGGGAGGGUCAUUGAGUCGUGAGCCCUGGAGCAAGUCAAGCAAGAUUCUAUUCUGGGUCAAAUCCUUGAAUCCAAACAGAUGUCAGUAAUUAGCAGUGACAGACUGGGGCACGUUUUUCUAGAGAAGACAAAUAAAUCAGACUUCCUGCACAUCUCCUCAUAGAGGUCUGCUAGCUCCUAGUUCCUGAAGGACCCAGACGCGGCAUCUGGCCCCAGGUUACACCCCGUCAUGUGACAGUUAUUACAGAGCCUGAGCCCACAUGCCUUCCUCCUGCAGAAGUUAAACAACACAUACAAUUCAGCCUUGAGUUUCUUCCUGUUCUAGCAAUCUCCAAGGCCACCAACUUCAGGUUUUUUAGCUGUUAGAAGACAAACACCAUGUCAUGUUUUGGUCCUUUGUCUCAGCACGGUUUGGGUUUCUUCUGGUUUAUGGGAAAAAUUCUGCUAUUCAGUGGGGGGUACUCGACCCCUCUCGGUUUUGUUUUCUUAUGAAAAGCAAAAAGAUUACGAGAAAUAAAAUUGGAGGUUUUUACAGUCCCAGACCCUUGUGCUUGCUCGGAGGUGUGUAUUGUAGUCUGGUAACUUGGGAGGUGGGUAGAUAUAUUAGCUGCAUAAUAAAUACUUACUUGGAUGAUGGAGGAAGAGAAAUUAUCUUUUUCUUAGGAUUCUCUUUGGAAGUUAUGUUGAGUAACAGGUACAGUUUAGACCUUUGGAGGAACAGUUUCAUAUCCCACCGGGAUAGUUACGUAAAAAAGGAAAAUGGAAGGUUUCCAAUACACUAGGAAUACUUAAGCGUGUAUCUCAAACACAGACACAGACAUCAUGUCCUUUUUCUUUUUCAGUUUCUCUCAACAAGGAUGGUCUGUUAAACUUAAAGGUGUGGUUAGAUUUUUUUUUUCACUUUUGUAACAUUAAUUUAUGACGGAGUUCAUUCAGCCCAGUAAUCAGAAAUGCUGUGCACAUUUGGGCGGUGUGUCUUCUAUAACCUGGAUGUUAGAAUAGCCAAUAUGUACAAAAAAAAAAAGACUAAAUCAAGUAUUUUGUCCUAUUAUAACACAGAUUAAUUUUACACAGAGAAAGAGGUUUCUAGGAAAAUGAAAAUCUGGUAAUUCAUACUAUUUCUUUGUAUGAACAAAUAAAAUAUAUUUUACCAA